CUAAACGCUUUUUGUAUGCUCUUUUUUUACAAAAUUAAAGUCAGCAAAACUAUGAAUUCCAUUAUAAACAAUCCAACACAUUUACUUGGUGCGCUUGUAUCUAUUAAAUUAAAAACAGGGGAAACUUUUGUUGGAGAGUUUUUUUGUUAUGAAGUGUACCACACAAAUACUAUUGUUUUAAAAGAACAAACAGAAGCAAAUCUUGCGUCCUUUCGUAUAAUUAAAAUUUCUAAUGUACAUGACGUCACGGCCCUUGUCUUACCGCCUCACAAUGGGCAAAUAAUGCAUCCACUUCCAACCUGUAAUAAAGCGUUAUUAGAUCAAAAAGAUCAAUACGCGUUAGCGCAUUAUUCUGAUAAACGUCAUACGUUUGGAGUCAAUGUAACCCAGGAUGCUCAAGACAUUUUUGAUUUUAUUCAUAAAACGCAUCCGGAUUGCCAUUGGGGGGAUGGAAAUUCUAUUCAAGUGAUGGGUAUUAUUUUAAGACCUCCUUAUACAUCAGACACCUGUGAGGGUGAAGGGCGUGCUUUGGAUCGCAUCAAACAAGUGUUAGAUCGUUUUAAUCAACGCAAGGAAAAUUUUCGCAGCAUGGGAAAUACCGUUACCAAUUCACAAGGGAAAUCGUGGGAAUUUAUGGAUCAAAGUGACCAACUUUCAAUUGUUUCAAAUACAACCAGCAUGCCGUCCAAAAUGGGGAAAUCUGUCUUUCGCGCUGGUUCAACAAAUCAACCAUCAAUGAACUUUGCUCCAAUACCCUACAUGCCUACUGAAGAUUUAUCUACCAAUUGUCAUGCUGUAUCUUCUUAUCCGUUGUCUACUACUGGAAACCAACCUGUUAUGUUUUUAAAUCCAGCAUCCACACAGAAUAUAGAAGAAAUGAAUAUAGCAGCUACACAGCAGGGUGCCAAUGGUGUUAUGUUGAUUUUUUUGCAAAAUCCAGACGAGUGCCUCGGUGAGGCUCAGAGACCCAUGUUUUUACCUAAUCAGGUUGUACCCGACCAUCGUCAUGGGGGGAUUGAGCCGCAUGCAGUUCAUAACGUCGUUGUUUAUCCAGGAUUUAAUAAAGCAACAAAUCAAAUGCAUCCUACAUUAAAUACUGAGCCUCUGGGAUUAGAUGAAUCUGGAGAACCUUUGUCUAAUGUAAAGCAAUUUCACUCAAAGAAAAAUGUUUACGCAAGUCAACCCGUGCCUUUAAUAACAGCCGCACAAAGCACAACAACUCGCUACUAUGAUGGCGGACGUCCUAGUGUUAGUAACUCAAUACAUUUGAUACCUCCCCCAGCAACAGCAAGAGGGUCUGUAACGACUUCUGUAGAUGCUCAGAAUUCUCAUCUCUUCACUCCAGCAUCAGUUCAAAGAGAACACUCAUGCGAUUCCAAACCUAAUUUGAGUACGACACUAUCAAAAACGCAUUGCGGAAUAAGUCAAAAAAAUGGAAAUUCUCCCGUUAAUUCUUUAGCCUCCGUUAAAUGCGCAACUGAUGCACGUAGUGCAACAACAGUAUACCAACGGUCCAAUUCGAAUGUUGGGAGUAGUAAUUCCAAAUAUAAUAGUACUACGAACCCAUUACCUGUUGUAGCAGCACCUGCGGAAUCGGAUGCGCCACAAUAUUUGAAUAGUCAGGCCUCAGCCAAACCUUUAUACACUGACCAUCAAAGCACACAUGGAACGAAUAGAAACGCAACAGGAGCUACGGGAACAACACCACAAGAUACAUCCGCUCCUGUGUCUCCUUACAAUCAUGCACCUCACUCUCAACAACGUUUCACACGAGUUCCCUCAACAGGAUCAAGGCACCUCCACGACUCACAUCAUUCAGGGCGUAGUCGUUGGAAUUUCUCCAUGCGACAACAAGGAAAUAAUGUGCAUAAUUUUUCAGGUCCUUCCAGUACUUCUAAUUCUAAAAACCAUUCACAACAGCAUUUACGAGGUGGUUCUGUGUAUUCGACAUUGCCAGACGACACUCAUCGUUCAACACUUCCCCCUGAUUCGAGUUUAUCAGGCAAUUUAAAUGUAUCAGGAAAUCUCGCUUCGUCUGGAGAUCAUCAUCAUCAUCGUCAAAAUAAUAGUUCAAUUCAUUACAACCAUGCGAAUCAUUCAAAUUAUAGACCCAUCAAUGAAGGUAAAACCAAUAGAUCUCAGAGAAAUCGUGGAGGAGGAAAUCGUCGAAGAGAUGCACAAUAAUGAAAGAACUUUUUUUCGUUCUGUUUCUUGUAAUUUACCCUGCUUUCCAUUCUUUAAUAUUAUGAUUUAUUUUAUAAAAAAAAAAUUCUUCUUGCGUUUGGUCAUUUUUUAAACUGGUGAAUUGUACGAUGGUGUUAAUUUUUAUGUGAAAAAAGAACGACAUGAAAUCAAAUUAUUAUAGAUGUCAAUUCUA